AUGAAAACGAGAUUUGGCUUGAAGCCGUUUAUAUUUUUAUCUGUAUUUUCGUCUUCGAAUAUGAUGUUUGCAGCCAAACUGGGAUUAGCAAUGCUAGGGAUCGUUUAUCCAUGCAUGUAUGGACUGAUUACCCUAAUAUGCCUAGUGUUGAUACAGAAAAAUACAGUCUAUAAACUUAUCGGUAUUGGAUUAAUUGUGUUAUAUUUGAAGAUGUUACUUGGUCCUUCCUUUGGACUGGAGGAGUCUUUAAAAGAAUGCAUUUCCGCUCCUGACAGUAAAGCCAAUAGCCAAGAUGUGGAUGAAUAUAGCUCGUCGAGCGAGGAUUUUAUUGAGGGAGAUGGCAAAAUAGACAGCCAUGGAUGUACAAGGGAGAAUGAACAAACAUCCCAGACACUUGAUUCGUUGUCCAACAUCCUGAAUAAUCAUAAUGCACGCUGCCGCUUCUGCUCCGGAGUUACUUUCUAA